UCGGGUCUCUUCUUCUUCUUCUCUCUCCCUCUAAAAUGGCUUUUUGUUGGAAAGCAUGGUGGCCACUGAUACUGCUAAUGGCACCAAUGUUCAUUGCGACUGGCCAUGCCAGGCUGCUUGGGCGUUAUAGAGGAGGAAGGUGGAAAUUUGCCCACGCCACGUUCUAUGGUGGCAGUGAUGGCUCAGGCACUAUGGGUGGUGCAUGUGGUUAUGGCGACCUUCACAAAGAAGGGUAUGGCCUACAAACCGCUGCAUUGAGUCAAGCGAUGUUUAGCGACGGUUUCAGCUGUGGGCAAUGCUUCGAAAUCAAGUGCAUCAACGACAGGCAAUGGUGCAAGCCCGGGCACCCUUCCAUCUUCGUGACAGGGACGAACCUGUGCCCUCCCAACUGGGCCUUGCCGAGCGACAACGGUGGUUGGUGCAACCCUCCGCGCACCCACUUCGACCUCUCCAUGCCUGCCUUUCUCCAGAUCGCCGAGUACAAAGCCGGCAUUGUCCCGGUCGCAUACCGAAGGGUGCCAUGCAAAAGGAGCGGCGGCAUCAGGUUCACCAUAAACGGAAACCGGUAUUUCACGUUGGUUCUCAUCUGGAAUGUCGCCGGCUCCGGCGACAUCGUCGACGUUCGUGUCAAGGGAAACAAAACUGGGUGGAUCACCAUGAAAAGGAACUGGGGCCAAAACUGGCAGACAGGUGUUGAGUUGACCGGUCAGUCCCUCACUUUCCGAGUCACCGGCAGCGACGGCCGGACCUCAACCUCUUGGCACAUCACCCCUAGAGAAUGGCAAUACGGUCAGACAUACGAAGGAAAGAAUUUUAAGUACUGAUGUAAUCAUGUCAGGAUAGUGAUCAGCAGGGUUAACUCAAGGCUCUUAUUAAGAGAUUCUAGAGUUCAUUAGAAACAGAAAUCUGUAUGUAAAUACUGUAGAUUUAUUAUUUUUGUUAGUUCCAUAAAUGAGUUUAUGGAAUUUCAUAAGCAUAUACUUGUUAUUUGACGGCAAUAUUU